AUGCGGUACUUGAUUGCCAGCCUCAAUCAGGCCUCCCACCCUUACGGGGUUCCCCCUUCACCCUCAGCCAGCCAGCCAGCCAGCCAAGGAGGACGCCAGACAGGAAAUCUCUCCUUCUCCAAUGCUGACCCUCCAUCCCACACCAGCCAGUCUUCUCUAGGAGGCCUGAAGGUCACAGGCGGAGGGAGCUGCGUCUGCCUUGGAGCUCGAUGGGGAGCAGCGGUGCACUCUCUCAGCUACAAAUUCACAGUCACUCCUAAUGGACAACCAUGGUGUGAAAUUCAAGGCCAGGUCAAUGGGAACACAUUUCUUCAUUAUACCUGUGGUGGCGACAAGGUCAGACUCAUCAGUGUUCUGGAGAUGAAUGCCACACAGGCCUGGAGUGAACAGAGAGACGCUUUGCAAUACGUGGUGGAAGAGCUCAAGAAGACCCUGCUGGACAUUAAAGCAGAGAUUCCUGCAACCAGCGGUCCUCUCUCCCUGCAGGGCAGCAUGAUGUGUGAGCAGGAAUCCAAUGUACUCACCACUGCAUCCUGGGAGUUUGGACUGGAUGGACAGAUAUCUCUCUGCUUUGACUCAGAGAAUGGACACUGGACAGUGCUGCACGGUGAAGGCAGACUGUUAAAGCAAACAUUGGCAAGUGACAGAGCUACGACCAAUCUCCUUAUUAGGACCUAACUGGAGACUGUAGGAAGUGGCUUCAACAAGUUUUGUGUCCCCUAAGCACACAAGGUAAUUCUACAGAGGAAAUGAAGUUGUAGGUCCCUU